UUCGGGGUUGACAAUCCUAAAACCUUCCCUGAAGCAGACCACCUCACCGACUCAUCUUGGACUGCUGUUUCCGUAGAUUGAUGACUUCACCAGUGAAUGAAACAACGCAGAGAAUGAUUCAAGACUAUACAGAAACGCGCCAAACGAUCUAUGUUGGGAUCGUAGGUUUCACCAUAUUGGUCUGGGACCAUCUUGUCACCAGCGGAGAUGAGAUCGAAUUUAUCUGGAAAGGCCGUAAGGGGAUCCUUGUAUACUUGUUUCUACUGAACCGAUAUCUUACUCCUCUCGGCUUCCUCAUUAAUCUGGUUGCAUACAACCUCCCUUCAUGGGGCUACACAAGUUGCCAGCAUUUUGUCCGAUUCGAAGGGGCUAUGACAGCUAUAGGGAUCGAGAUAGUCGGGCUAAUGAUGCUGAUACGGGUCAUUGCAAUGUAUAGACAUCAACGGCCUGCCAUUGUGCUGGCGAUAUUACUACUGUUAGCAUGGAUUGCAGUGACUGCAUGGCUAUUGAGUAAUGGUGGACCUGUUAUUCACGCAGACAACGUUCACUCUUGCACCAUGGUGUUCCAUUCUGGCAGUAUUGCUUCGGCUUCAGCUUGGUUGCCUCUCCUCUACGACACGUAUGUCUUUGGGUUGACAUUGCACCGCACGUAUCCUUCGAUUCGCAAUAAAGAAGCAGGCCAUGUUAUUCGUACUCUCCUCGCAGACGGAUUGCUGUAUUACAGCGUCAUCUGCGCUGUAAAUCUGGUGUUGACAAUCAUGAUAAUUAGAGCUCAAGAGGGGGUAAAGAAUAUCGCCGCACAGCUCGAACUUCUCCUCACCGUGACAAUGAUGUCAAGGAUCACUCUAAACCUCAAGAAGGAAGCGUAUUACGGACCUAGUCGCCUUCACUUGCAAGCGGAAAGUAUUAUCGUGUCUACAUGUAAUCGUAUCAUAUCAACACCCUCAGGAGAAGUCAUCGCUCUCAGCCGAUUGCGAUCACACUCUGUCCCCUCCGAGGCGCGCUUUGGGUUGAGCACCCGUGCGCGAUCUGGCUCGACAAGCUCUCUUGCUCCCCCUGUGCGGACCAUCACUUUCGCAGAGAAUCCAACAAUCUACGAUACCAAAAUCUUAGAUGUCGAAAGUCCCAUGGGUGGCAGCCCAGUUAUCGAGCAUGCCGAUUGGCCUUCAGCCUCAAAUUCCAACAAGUGGAAUACUGCUGAUAUUGUAUGAUCUAAACCGUAUUACUACUCUCCUUAAUCUGUAAUGUGUGUAUUAUUUUAGAUGGGCAGAAUACCUGAUCAAUGACUGCUAAUUGUGUACUGAUCUUGGUCGUCGCAUGGUUUUGUGAGUGUAAUAAUGUAGAUUAGACAGGAAGGUGUGG